AGAGAGAUUGCAAUAGAAAUGGCGAGCUACACCUCGGCCAACCGCAGGGGGCUGAUAUUUGGCCUGAAAAUUCUAGCAAUACACUUUAUUCAUGCGGCCGAAAGUGCAGAGAUAUUUCUAAAUUGGCACGUGAUGAUUGAUAUGAACAUCAGACCGGUGUCUGUCGAUCAACCGGUUAUUACAAUUAAUGGGAUGUUCCCCGGACCCCUUAUAAACGCAACAACGAAUGAUAAUGUUCAUGUCAAUGUCUUCAACGACAUGGAUGAGCCCUUACUCCUAACAUGGAAUGGAAUACAACAAAGGCUAAACUCAUGGCAAGAUGGGGUGUCCGGAACCAACUGCCCGAUCAUGCCCGGCAAGAAUUGGACUUAUGUGUUCCAAAUCAAAGACCAAAUUGGCAGCUUCUUCUACUUUCCCUCCAUCAAUUUCCACAAGGCCGGAGGCGGUUUUGGUCCGAUUCGAGUUAACAAUCGUGAAGUCAUCAAAGUACCCUUCUCUAAGCCCGAAGCCGAGUUUGACCUUCUCAUCGGUGAUUGGUACCAACGUGAUUUUAAGGAUGUCAGAUCCCAGUUAAAUACCACUUUCUGGGCCUAUGACGGGCCUCCUGAUGGGAUGCUUAUGAACGGGAGGGGCCCAUACAAGAACCCCAGUACUAAAGCCCAUGAAUCCUUCACUGUCACACAAGGAAAGACGUAUCGAUUUAGGAUAUCGAAUGUGGGAACAACAUGGAGCAUCAAUUUUAGGAUUCAAAACCAUCAGAUGGUGGUGGUUGAAACUGAAGGAUCAUACACCAACAAGAUAACAAUUGAGUCUCUCGAUGUGCACGUCGGCCAGUCUUACUCUGUGCUGGUUACGGCUGAUCAAAAUGCAGCUGAUUAUUAUAUGGUUGCAAGCCCUAAAAUGUUUAAUGCCGGUGAUGAUGAUAGGACUUUUAAGGCUAUUGGGGUGUUACAUUAUGAUGACUCUACCACACCUCCUAAUGGGCCACUACCUAAAGGGCCCGACCCAUUCGAUAUGGCGUUCUCGGUCCAUCAAGCUAAAUCCAUCAGGUGGAACUUGACUGCCGGGGCUGCAAGGCCCAACCCACAAGGAACAUUCAACGUAUCAAACGUGAAACCAUCACAAACCUUCAUUCUACAAGGAUCCACGGCUCAAAUUAACGGCGCUCUACGUUACACCGUCAACAAUGUUUCUUAUCUUACUCCGGCCACACCACUCAAAUUGGCUGACUACUCCCCCAAUGGAUCUGGCGUGUACCAAAUUGACGAAUUCCCGGUGAAUUUUAGCAAUCCGGUGGGCGUCAACGGGACUUUUGUUGUCACCGGGAUCCACAGGGAGUGGCUGGAGAUUGUGUUCAGGAAUGGUUUGGAUGUGAUGGACUCUUGGCAUUUGGAUGGAUUCGGUUUCUAUGUUGUUGGGUUUCGUGAUGGGGAAUGGAGACCUAAAUUGCGUUCCAUAUAUAAUCUUUAUGACCCUGUCGUCCGCUCUACUGUUCAGGUGUACCCAGGUGGUUGGACUGCAGUUUAUGUGUACCUUGACAAUCCAGGAAUGUGGAACUUGAGAUCACAACAUUUGAAAAAUUGGUAUUUAGGCCAAGAGAUAUAUGUAAGAGUAUAUGAUGCCGAUCCUGACCCAACCAAAGAGCGACCACCCCCUCAUAACAUACUCUUUUGUGGAAAAAAGAUUGAUCCUCCAUUGCCUCCAAUCGAGGCAUCGCCACCUCUUAAUCCAUCACCUCCGCCAGGUGCACUGCAACCUCCAAAUUCACCGCCUCCAUAUGGUGCACCACCACUUCAAAAUCCCAGUGGACCACCAUCUCCAAAUCCAACGCCUCCACCCCAUGCACUGCCUCCACCAGGUGCACCUCCGCUGACCCCACCCAGGGCAUCUCCACUUCCAAAUACAUCGCCUCCACCUCAAAAUCAACCGCCAAUUCGAGUACCGGUGCCGUCUAGUGCACCGGCUGCAAGAAAUAUGACAUGGUGA